GAUUUAUAGCAGUGCAGUUUUGGGCAGGCCAGAAGACUGACACUUUUGUAAACUCAUAAAACAGAAAACCUUUUUGAGAUGUGGUGGUUUCAGCAAGGCCUCAGUUUCCUUCCUUCAGCUCUUGUAAUUUGGACUGCUGCUGCUUUCAUCUUUUCAUAUAUCACUGCAAUAACACUGCAUCAUGUUGACCCUGCUUUGCCUUAUAUAAGUGACACUGGUACAAUAGCUCCAGAAAAAUGCUUGUUUGGAGUAAUGUUAAAUGUCACUUCAGUUUUAUCCGUUGCUACCAUUUAUGUUCGUUAUAAGCAAGUUCAUGCUCUGAAUCCUGAAGAAAAUCGCAUCACCAGAUUAAAUAAAACCGGCCUUGUAUUUGGAUUACUGAGUUGUUUAGGACUUUCUAUUGUGGCAAACUUCCAGAAAACAGCCCUUUUUGUUGUACAUGUAGGUGGAGCGAUCCUCACCUUUGGACUGGGCUCAUUGUAUAUGUUUGUUCAGACUAUCCUUUCCUACCACAUGCAACCUAGAAUUCAUGGCAAACAAGUCUUCUGGAUCAGACUACUGCUGGUUAUCUGGUGUGUAGUAAGUGCACUUAGCAUGCUGACUUGCUCAUCACUCCUGUACUCUGGUAAUUUUGGCAGUGAUGUAAUACAGAAACUCCAUUGGAACCCUGAGGACAGAGGUUAUGCACUUCACUUGAUCACUACUGCAGCUGAAUGGUCCAUGUCAUUUUCUUUCUUUGGCUUUUUCCUGACUUAUAUUCGUGAUUUUCAGAAAAUUUCUUUGCGAGUGGAAGCCAAUUUGCAAGGAUUAACACUCUAUGACACUGUCCCUUGCCCAGUUAACAAUGAACGAACUCGACUACUUUCCAGAGACUUAUGAUGAAAGGAUAGCAUCUUUCUAAGAUGAUUAUGAUUCUCAGGGAUUGAGAAAUAUUCACAAAUGCUACUUAAUCUGCUCUACAAUUUUCAACCAGUUAAUCACUGAUAGUGACAUUUAAUACUAUAAUCAAGAGACAUGAAGUAAGCCAUUUGUCAAGUUAUUUUAAAGGACAUCAUCAAGAGGACCAUUUGAAACAAUUAUGCCUAUACUUUUUAGCUCAGAAAAUAAAACCAAAGGACUAU